AUGGGCGCGACUGAGCUGCCCGAUCAUCAGCACUCCGACCAUUUGUCGAUCGAGGACCGCGAGCAUGGCUCUGAUGGAUCCGUGUCCCACGAGAAGGGCAACACGACCCGCGACGAGGUCGAAAUGUCGCGCAUGGGCAAGAAGCAAGAGCUGCGGGCAAGUGGCGUCUUCUCCAUUCACUCUCCAAUCUCUCCACUGACGUCGAGUCAGAGGACAUUCAAAUUCGUCUCCAUCGUUGGUUUCGUCACCAUCUUGCAGGCUACCUGGGAGAAUGUACUCCUUGCCAACUGGUUCGGCUUGUACAACGGCGGGACCGCAGGUGUCAUCUGGUGUACCAUAGCUGUAUGGCUGUUGAUGCUGUGCAUGAUCGCCUCGCUGUAA